AUGCUAAUUGAUUUGAAAUUUAUACAGAACAAUUUCCAAAACAUUGCUUUAAAUGAUGAGAUAUUAAAGGCAGAUGAGAAGCCCAAUAGACAAAAUGAUGAACAACUGAAAGCAGAUGAGAAACCAACUGACCAAAAACUAAAUGAUGAAAUGCUUAAGGCCGAUGAGAAACCUACUCAGAAACAAAAUGAUGAACAGAAAGCUGACGAAAAGCCUGUUAAUCACAAACAAAAUGACGAACAACUGAGAGAUGAAAAGUCAACUAAACAUAAUCAAAAUGAUCAAAAUGAUCAGAAUGAUGAAAAUGAUGAACAACAGAAAGCAGACGAAAAGCCAGCGGAUCAAAAACAAAACGAUGAACAACUAAGAGAUGAAAAGUCACCUAAACAUAAUCAAAAUGAUCAAAAUGAUGAAAAUGACGAACAACAGAAAGCAGACGAAAAGCCAGCGGAUCAAAAACAAAACGAUGAACAACUAAGAGAUGAAAAGUCAGCUAAACAUAAUCAAAAUGAUGAAAAUGAUCAACAUGAUGAAAAUGACGAACAACAGGAGGCAGAUGAGAAGUCAACUGAGAAAAAACAAAAUGAUGAGAAUGAUGAUUAUGAGAUGGUGGAUGUAGGAAAGAUUCCUAAAUAUGGUGACCAAGAAAUAAUCAGAUCUAAGUCUUCAAAAAAAAAAUCUCGUCGUCGUAGACUUGAUAAAAGAUCUGAAAAUGUUGAAAAGCAUGAAAAGGAUGAAAAGAGAAAAAUUUAA